AUGAGGAGAAUGAAGAAUUCCAUUCGAGUUUUGAAAAAUGAAGAUGAGGAGCUGAUAUCUGAUAAGGCGCAGAUUGAGGAGUAUGUCACGGGUUACUACGAAAAUUUUCACAAAGCAGCCACCAAUGUUUACCUCAUCCUCUUCUCUCAGAGCAAAUCCAAGAAAACCAAGCUCUCUUUACCACCAGGCCCUCCUUCACUCCCCAUAGUAGGCAGCAUCUUCUUGCUCAAAAGAUUGUUAACCGAUGCCGAAUUCAAAGAUGAAGAAGGAAGGAAGAUGAGUGAUGAAGAAAUAGUAAUUUUCAUCUGUGAGAUUAUGGAUGCAGCGAGUGACGCAACAUCAACUGUGUUUGAAUGGAUCAUGGCCCACCUUGUGAAGGACCAAACCAUCCAAGAAAAGCUUUUUUUUGAGAUCCAAGAGGUUGUGAAUUCAGAAGAAGAGGCUUUGCAGAAGAUGCCAUAUCUGAAGGGAGUGGCAUUAGAAGGGCUAAGGUUAAACCCACCUGCCCACUUUCUGCUACCACAUACUGUGGAGGAAGAUAUUGUGGUAAAUGGCUAUGUCAUCCCCAAGAAAACUAUUGUGAAUUUUAUGGUGGCAGGGAUGGGGAGGGACCCACAAGUUUGGAAAGAUCCCAUGGAGUUUAAGCCAGAGAGGUUCUUGGGUGAAGAAGGGGAAGUAGUUGAUAUCACAGGGAGUAGGGAGAUUAAGAUGAUGCCAUUUGGUGCAGGGAGGAGGAUUUGCCCCGGACUUGGGAUAGGGACAUUGCAUUUGGAGUACUUUUUGGCACAUCUAAUCAAAAGCUACAAGUGGGUGGCUGUAGAUGGCCAAGAUGUUGACAUGUCAGAGAAGCAGGAGUUCACAUGGGAGAUGAAAACCCGAUUGUGGGCCCAUGUGUCCCAAAGGGCAAAGUAA